CAGUCUACGGUUGAGAACCCAAUUCAAAUUGGAGAACUUCUGACUCGUGGACUUGGUACUGGUGGCAAUCCUCUGUUGGGUGAACAGGCAGCAGAGGAGUCAAAGGAACACAUUGCAAAUGCUCUUAAAGGUUCGGAUAUGGUGUUUAUAACAGCAGGCAUGGGUGGAGGUACUGGAUCUGGUGCUGCUCCUGUUGUUGCUCAAAUAGCAAAAGAAGCAGGUUAUUUGACUGUUGGUGUCGUCACGUAUCCGUUCAGCUUUGAAGGACGUAAAAGAUCUUUGCAGGCUUUGGAAGCAAUUGAAAAACUUCAGAAAAAUGUAGAUACU